GGGGCAGCGGCUCAUUGAGUGGCUCAGUUCAAGCGGUGCGGCGGCGGGCGGCGGGCACCCGGGAUUGGCUCGCUGCGUCCCCCCCGGCUGCUGGAUCUUACCCUCUUUUAACUCUAUAAGCACCUCCUUUAAAGGCCACCGGCAGACCAUGCCCUCUCUAUGACGGUUCCUUAUUAAGCUAACUCUGCAUGCCAGAAGACUGUCCUUGGUUGAUCCAAGGGCUUUUGGGGACUCCGGCCUUUCCCCAGUUUUUCCGUGUGUGUGUGUUCCUCUAGAACUUUCAAAACUGUUUCUCCAAAGGGUUUUGCAGAAACUUAGACUGUUUUCUAAAGCAGAAGCACCUCAGUCCACAGCAGUAGUGAUGGGCAGCGUGCGAACCAACCGCUACAGCAUCGUGUCUUCGGAAGAGGACGGCAUGAAGCUGGCGACCAUGGCCGUUUCCAACGGCUUUGGGAAUGGAAAAAGUAAGGUACAUACCAGACAGCAAUGCAGGAGCCGCUUUGUCAAAAAAGACGGCCACUGCAACGUCCAGUUUAUUAACGUGGGUGAGAAGGGACAGCGAUACCUGGCAGACAUCUUCACCACUUGCGUGGACAUCCGCUGGAGGUGGAUGUUAGUUAUAUUCUGCCUGACUUUCAUCCUCUCCUGGCUUUUUUUUGGCUGUGUGUUUUGGUUGAUUGCGCUUUUGCAUGGGGAUCUGGAGAAUCAAGAAAAUAGCAAACCUUGUGUCUCUCAAGUGAGCAGCUUCACUGCAGCCUUUCUUUUCUCCAUUGAGACCCAGACCACGAUCGGCUAUGGCUUCAGGUGUGUCACAGAUGAGUGCCCCAUCGCAGUUUUCAUGGUGGUUUUCCAGUCUAUAGUGGGCUGCAUCAUUGAUGCCUUCAUCAUUGGUGCUGUCAUGGCAAAGAUGGCUAAGCCAAAAAAGAGAAACGAAACUCUAGUCUUCAGCCACAAUGCCGUGGUGGCCAUGAGAGACGGAAAACUGUGCCUGAUGUGGCGUGUUGGAAACCUGAGGAAAAGCCACUUGGUGGAGGCACAUGUGCGAGCACAGCUCCUCAAAUCCAGGAUCACGUCGGAAGGGGAGUACAUCCCUUUGGAUCAAAUAGACAUCAAUGUAGGGUUUGACAGUGGGAUAGACCGCAUAUUCCUGGUCUCCCCAAUUACAAUAGUACAUGAAAUAGAUGAAGACAGUCCUUUGUAUGACUUGAGCAAACAAGACAUGGACAAUGCUGACUUUGAAAUUGUAGUAAUAUUAGAAGGCAUGGUGGAAGCUACUGCCAUGACUACCCAGUGCCGUAGCUCAUAUCUGGCAAACGAAAUCCUUUGGGGCCACCGCUACGAGCCUGUACUCUUUGAAGAGAAAAACUACUACAAAGUGGACUACUCCAGGUUCCACAAAACAUAUGAAGUGCCCAACACACCCAUCUGUAGUGCCAGAGACUUAGCAGAAAAGAAAUACAUUCUCUCUAAUGCAAACUCUUUUUGCUACGAGAAUGAAGUCGCCCUCACCAGCAAAGAGGAGGACGAGAUUGACACUGGGGUGCCUGAAAGCAUGAGCACAGACACCCACCCGGACAUGGACCACCACAACCAAGCAGGGGUGCCUCUAGAGCCACGGCCGCUACGGCGGGAGUCGGAAAUAUGACUGACAAACUCUUCCUCUCUCUUUUGGUUGAAAGGAAAAACAAAAAAUAAACCUGUCGGUCAAAGGCACGUUGACCUGAGAAGUUGGCCCAGAACAGUUUUCAGACAACGGUACUGUUGAAGAGUGGUGUGAAGGCAAGCAGACCUGAGAAACCCCGGCUGGUUUUAGGGCUGUCCUCAGAGGAGGGACAACGGAAAACGAACUCUAAACACAAAGCACUAAACAUGUCUAAGUAUGAACAGAAGGCACAUAUGUUGUAGAAUAAAUUAUGUAUAUAUUUUUUUACAAAACUUGAACUUGCAGGCAAGCUUUGGUUGGGUUAUUAUUAUUUUUUUUUUCAACUUUUUCCAGAAUGCUUCUCUCUAGGGAACAAGAAUGUUUUUAAUGGCAUAACAAAGGCAAGAAUCUGCCUUAUUAUUAUUAUUAUAAUUAUUUUUUAAAAAGCUGCUGCUAACUACAUGAACACAAAUGGUUAUUUUUGUUGCAGUGUAGUUUUUAUUUUCUCUUGUGUAAUUUAAAAGAAAAAAGAAAAAAAAGUCAGUGUUGAACUUUUGGGGUUGAAAAGCUCAUGAUCACGUCAGAGAGGCUGAUGUUGCCAGAAAGUCUAAACUCCUUUUGAGGCCAGUAGUUUGAUAGCUCGAAUCAAUUUCUCUCUUUCCAAUUACAUAAGGGGCAUUAUGUAAUAUCAGGCCAAUCAGUAGCCUCCAGCAAAAUUAUGAUUUUUGGGGGGCAAAUUUAAUUCUCUGUCUAAAGAAAAACUGAAAUAAAAUAUAUAUAUAUCUCUCUACAUAGAAAAAGUACUAAGUUAAAACUACCUAAAUGGAUACCAAAGAAAAUGCACAGUUUUGCACAGUGAAAUUUAUUUUAAAAAAGAAAAAAAAAGGAAAAAAAAAAGAAACAGGCUGCUUUAAACUAAAAAAAAUUCAAUCCUCAGACACCUGUUUUGGUUUUGAUUUUUUUUUUUUUUUUUCCUUUUUAAGACCUUUAUUUUGCACCUUAUUCUAAAAGCUCAAGACUCGGAUCUAAAGUGAGCGAGGACUCCUCUCCUUCCCCAUGCUCUUCUAGGGGGAGAUAAUUUCCCUUCUUUUCUUGUGAGGAGUAACGCAGUUAGAGGAGAGCGAGCAAGCAAACAUCUGCCCUCCCCAGCUGCUCUCCAAGCCAGGCUGCAGCAGAAGGUGAAGUAUUAGCGCACAUGCUCCCAAAGCCACGCUGGACCACAGCAUCCUGAAAACUGAGCCAUCCUCGCCGUGCCGCGGGCGUCUGACCCGAGCCCCGCGGCUGCCCUUGUGUUGUUCCCAGUUAGACUGUGCCAGAGACCGGCAAAGCUGCCGAUCGAUGCUAGAGCUGAUGCUGCUGGAGCAGGGGUUGAGGCACAGAGGAGCUGAGCGAUAGGGAAAUCCUCGGGGAAGAGAAUUUUGAAGUGGAGAGGUGAGGGUUAACGGAGAGGAAUAGAGAAAACAACUCUAACAAUACAGCACUUGGGGAAUGGCACAGGGAUUGUAGGGUUUUGUAAAACAUGCUUCUCUUCAGCAGGGUAAGGGUGUCUGAGAGUGUAUUUCCCAACUCGUUUGGGGAGGAUGAGGCUGCAAAGCGAGGUCCAUCUCCUGCCUCCGCUUGCCACCAAACACCGAGCGGUCAGUGGCUGAGUCACCAAGCUCUGAGCACAUUUUGUGACCUUCUGUGAAGAUCUGGCUCUAGCGGUAUUUUGGCUCCUUCACCCAGAAGGCUUUAAAUUCUCUGUGCCUCUAAGAUCAAGGAGACAGCAAAGUUGCGCUUCAUGCCCGCUCCCCGAGGAGCAAAUGGAGAAGGGUGGCGGUGGGGACGAUAAUUGUAGUCAACUCUUGCAGUAUUGGAUCACUGUAUGCCAUUAAAAAACAGCUUGUUCUAGGUCUAAUGUCUUCUGCAAAUGGAAUAUCUGUGAAGGCCUCUGGCCCCUUCCAGCCCUGCUUGAAAGAAAUGCCUGCAAUGAACUGGUGUCUGAUGAGAUGGUAUCUACAGUGGGUGGGUUCGAGACGGUGGAAAUUCGACGUUGUAAGCAUCGAUUUGGCUACUAGAGAGGGCAGAUGAUUAAAUGCAAGUACUGAGGCUGUUGCUGGGGUGGGGGAGACGUGAAAGAAAGGGAAGGCGGAACAUAUAAAGGCGAUUUGAUUGCAGUUUCUGGGUCAACAGUGGUAAAGACAACUGAGUGCUGCUAGUGCUGCUAUUGUGAUGUUCUUGGAAAAGGAAAAUAACUAAACCAAAGAGUAUUCAGUGAAAUGGAGGGCGCAUAAAAACGCAAUGGGGAAGGGAUGGAAAAGGGAGGCUUGCUGGGAGAAAGGGGAUCUUUUCUCCAGGUCAGCAUUCCCCAGAUGCACAGUGCUCCCACUAAGUAAUACUUGAGAUAUUUGAGGGCGGGAUGCGAGACAGGGGAUGCGGGAUUCAGUUUGUUUCUUGAAAGCAAAUGAAAUUCAGAAAAAAAAAAAAAAAAAAAAAAAAAGAAAAAGAAAAUCCCCUCCCCCUAACAUUUCUGGUGCAGAGGUUUUGGGUUUGGGGGUUUGUUUUGUUUUGUUUUGUUUUUCAAGUCAGUUUUUUCAGAAAUAUUUUUAAAAAUGUACAUUUUAUAAAGUUUAUCAAGUAUUUUCAUAUUUAAAGCCAAAUGUAAAUAGAAGUCUGUAAAGGAGGACAAGGAGAAGAAGAAAAAGGCCACAAAAAGUACAAAUCCUGCUCGGCAGUCUCGGCUAGCUAGUACCUAGAUGCUACCGGUUAGCAUGACUUUUAGAAAAUACUUGCAAGCCUUAUAGGAUUCCUGAUGCUAUGAACUUCUGUUUAUUUAUUUGUAAGCAUGGACUUUUAAUUUGAGAACAUGUUCUAGUUGCUGGCAUUUUUAAGAGUUACCAGCUUUCUGAGUGCUAGUCUUGACGAGGGUGUGCAUUGAGGUAAUCCAUUACACUCUCUGCCGCAUUCUUUUUCUUUUUUUUUUUCUUUAAUAACCCUUUGUCUUUGCCGAUUGACUCUCACAUUGCAGAAUUGCACUCAGCCUCUGGCUCUGGGAAGCUGCUAGAAAGAGACCUGCAAUGUACACUCCAUGGUACCCUUCCCCCUUGUCCAUCAUUUCUCUGUUUCUCAACAUGCUGUGGUAAACCCGGUAGAGGACAGGCUAUUGUAGCACACUUCUACAGCAGCUAAUUGGUUUAGUCAUUUUGGAAAAUAUUGUUGUUUUUAAGGACUGCACAGUGACUGACAGCGUUUCUUCAGCUCCCGAUCAUCCUUGGCCAACUGAUGCCUGGUUAGGGGCCCUUUAAACUGACUGAGGUCUACCCGCAACUCCGACAGGUGUUGGAUCAGCCUCUUUAUCAAGGAUAAAGUUGGCUCAACCAGCUCACACAGAAGGUUUAUACUGUAUUUCACUUAGGGUCUGGGGGGGAAUAUGUUAUUUCUGCCCUUCCCUGAAAAUACUUGAAUGAGACACAUUGUCUAAACCAUGAUACUGCGUACAGUGACAAAAAGCAUUUCUGAGGCAGGUGGGGAUGGAUCGCUCCUUGCUUUUGUCACUUCCGUGCGAGUCGUCCUUGGUUAAGUAGCAAGGGUAGAAAUCAUUACUUAUUAGCUGUGUUUAAUGAUACUCUCCCAGCCAUGAUAAAUUUCUGUGUUUUUAGUUUAGCACUUGCUCUUCUCGGAAAAGACAAAGGGUCCAGAUGUUUUAUUUGUUCUCUAAGGUCUUCUUUUCCAUAAUGGAUUACAAGGUAAAACUGAGAAGUACUGUAAUGUCUUUAAAUUAUGGCUGCUUAUGACCAUUGUAAAGUAGAAGGAUGCUGCAUAGUUGCCAUCCCACAGCCAACAAAACUGAUUUUGUAAUGACUUUUGGCCUGCAGCUAUCGUAAGGUGAACAAUCUAGGCAUCUAACAGUUGUCCAUUACUAUUUUCCUGUUUGCAGCCUUUUUGUAUCAAAGUCUUCCUAAUGUACUGCACAAAUUGUGGAUUGUACAGAUUUUUAUAUAUUAUGUCUUAUUUUAUUAUUUCUAA